UUAGAAAAUAAUAAUAUUGAAAAUAAAAUCAAUAAAUUAAAUAUUAAAGAUGAAGAUAAAAAAAUAGAAUCUAAUGGUAAAAUAAAAGAAGAAAAUAAUAAAAAUAAAAAUAAUGAUAAAGAAGAAGAAUCAUCAAACUGUGAAAUUAGUGACGAUGAACACACAAACUCAUCAUCAUCGACAGCAGCUAUGGAAUUACACAGAUACAAAAUAUCACAAGAAUGUCCAGUAGAUUUCGAAGAUGACUAUGAUGAAGAGUCAUCAUCAUUUUAUGAAGAGGACGAAGAUAGUAGUGCCCAAGAGAAUCCAGCCAACUUAAUACCAAACCCAAAUGAUAAAAAAAUUAAACCAAGAAUUGGUAAUAAGAAAAAAAAAGAAUCAACAACCACCUCUACUACUAAUAAUGAAUUUCCAUCGAAAGAGUCCAUUGAUAAAUUAAAAUCAAAAGGUCCAAUUCAAAAUCCAUUGGUUAAAAGUCAAGUUUUACAAGAAUCCAAUAACCAAUCAGGGCUAUUUUCACCAACAGAAUUUGUAAAAUCAUCCACAGUUAGCCAAGCCAAGUCACCAGCACCAAUUAAACUCUCAUCAAUGUUAGGUUUAAGCAGUUUAGGUACAUCAAAUUUAUUAUCAGUUCAGAAUCCACAGCCAAUUGAAGGAACUCAAGGAACUCUUAAUAAUUGGGAUGCUCCACCUUUACAUACAGUAUUACCGGACCCAUCCUAUUGCCAAGAUACAAUCGAUGAUGAAGACAAUUUUAUUGUACCAACAUCAAAAUAUUCAUUUUUAGAUAUCAAUAAUCUAUUCUCAAGCAAUUAUUUUAUGGGUAGCAACAAUUGUUUGACAACACCAACCAAUUCUGAUACCAAUUCCCAUUUCAUCAAGAAUAGUGGCAAAAUCAAUGACCCAACUAGCAGCACUGGUACAGUUACACCACCAUUUUCAAACAAUGAACCAAUCUCAGAAUCUGAAAUUCCAUUGGAUGUUAAGGUUAUGCAAUUGUCUGGAAGUAGAUUAUUCUUUAAUAGAGAACUUUCUGAACUUAUUUACUUUUAUCGUAUUCUAUACGAAGCUUAUAAUACAACCUAUCCAAUUUUAGAACGUGUACGUUUCAUUGCUAUCACCUCUCAAAAUUUAGAUAUGUAUUUUUGUAAGCGUGCUCUCAAAUUAAGAUUAGGUUAUAUUUCAACUAGAAAGACUUUGAAACCAGAAGAACGUUAUAUCAAUUUGGUUUUAAACACAACCAGAAAUCUUAUUAAUGAAAUGUAUAAUCUCUAUUGUAAUAUACUCCAACCAGAGUUAGCAAACAACAAUGUAUUCAUUAUCAAAUACAACGAACUCACCGAGCCAGAAAAAGUUCAAUUAAGAGCAUUUUUCCUUCAACAUGUUUUCCCAUUGAUGACUCCAUUGGUUGUUGAUGCAGGCCAUCCAUUCCCAAAUCUCAGUAAUCUUUCAUUGAACAUUGCAGCUCUUUUAAAACAUGACGAAGAUACUACUCGUUUCGUUCGUAUCAAAGUUCCACAAAGAAUUCCACGUUUUGUUCACAUUAAGCAACGUUCACCAUACUCUAUUAUUCCAAUGGAAGAAAUUAUUUUAGCCAAUUUAGAUACCAUUUUCCCAAAUACUGAAAUCGUUUCCAAAAGUCUUUUCAGAGUUACUCGUCAUAAUGAUUUGAAAUUAAAUAAUGAAGAUCAAGCCAAUGAUUUAUUAGAACUCAUUAAAACCGAAUUACAUAAAAGAAGAUUUGCCCCAAUGGUUAGAUUGGAAGUAUCUCAAAAUAUGCCUCCAGAAAUUUUAGACAUGCUAAAAACUCAAUUAGCAUUAGAUGAAUAUGACGUUUAUUCAAUUAAUGGUCCAUUAGGUAUUACCGAUUUAUUUGAAUUAUGUAAAUUAAAUUUACCACAUUUAAAGUUCCAACCAUGGGUACCACAUAUACCUCAAAAAUUAGUAAAUUUAGCAAGAUAUCCAUCAGAAGAUAUAUUUAGUGUUAUUAGAAAGGGAGAAUUUUUAGUUAAUUUACCAUAUCUCAGUUUUAAUAGUAGUGUUCAAUUCUUUAUUGAAAGUGCAGUUAAAGAUCCAAAAGUAUUAGCUAUCAAGAUUGCAAUUUACAGAACCAAUUCCAACUCUCAAUUAAUUCGUGCACUCUGCGAAGCUGCAUCCCACAAGGAAGUUAUGGCAUUAAUUGAUUUGAAAGCAUCUGGUGAUGAAGAACAAAAUACUAAAUUUGCUCGUUUAUUAGAACAAGCUGGUUGUCAUGUCAGUUAUGGUUUAGUAGGUUUAAAGACUCACUCUAAAAUAGCAAUGGUUGUUCGUGAAGAAGAAAAUGGUCUUAGAGAGUAUCUCCAUAUCUCUACUGGUAACUAUAAUGCUAGUACUGCCGAUGUUUAUGCUGAUAUUGGCUUGUUCAGUUGCGAUCCAGAACUAGGUGAAGAUAUGUGUAAUCUUUUCAAUUAUUUAACUGGCUAUAGUAGAAUUACAUCAUUCAAGAAAUUGGUUAUUGCUCCAAUGAAUAUGAGAUCAACUUUAAUCCAAUUAAUUGAUAAUGAAGCCAAAAACGCCAGAGAAGGUAAAGAAGCAACCAUCAAUGCUGUAAUGAACGGUUUGGAUGAUAAGAGAAUUGUCAAUGCUUUAUAUCAAGCAAGUAUUGCUGGUGUUAAAAUCACAUUAGUUGUUAGAGGUCGUUGCAGAAUCUUACCAGGAAUCAAACAAAUCUCAGAAAACAUUAGAGUUAUAUCUGUAUUGGGCCGUUUCCUUGAGCAUUCUAGAAUUUAUUGUUUCCACAACAAUGGUAAACCAAAAGCCUACAUUGCAUCCGCUGAUUGGCUCCAUAGAAAUCUUAAACGUAGAGUUGAAGUUUUAGUACCAGUAGAGGAUCCAAACAACAUCAAACAACUCUAUGAUAUCAUUAAAGUUUACGUUAACGACACUAAUGCAUGGGAUAUGUUACCAGAUGGAAGAUAUAAAAAACGUUCAGUACCAAUUGAUGAAGAUUCUCAAUCAUAUUUCAUGCGUCAAACUAAUCAACAACAUCCUGUAAUUUGGACUAAAUAAAAUAUCAAAAAAUAAAAUAAUAAAAAUAAAAAUAAAAACAAAAUAAUAUUAUGUUAUUAUUAAUAUUUUU